AUGUCUGCAGCCCGACUCACGGUAUUGCUAUUCCUACUGGAAGUUCUUGUCAACGCAUACCGUAUACAGCAGACAAGGUCGUUGUCGGGAACUCCGGCCACUGAUGGAAAUAACGUGACAAAUGCGGAAAUCUAUCGCAUCAUCACCCAGCAGCUCCUUGACGGGUUCGCUAUCUGGCGCGUGAAGAUGUUCAACGACCGAACAUUCGUUGAGCAGACACGACGCAGUUAUUGGCUCGGCGACCGGUACUAUCGCAUGGACAAUGACUACUACUGGGUGGCUCGCGAUACUUGUGCAUACCGUAUGAACGAGACAGAACGAAGAAAUCUUGUUUAUGAAGAUGGUUUACCAAUAUACGAUAUUAUUCUAACACACCUCAGAUCUAAGUCUACACAGCUACUAACUCAUGAACGCUGA